CAAAGUGCCGGUGGCGCCGUCUACCAUGUCUUUCUCCUUGGCGAAUGUACACCGAGAGAAGAGGAAGAAUGGAAAACUUUCGAUGUUUUAGCGUACCCUCCACAGUUACAUCACCAAUCGCUAUCACCAACACCAACACCCAUCACUUAAACACCACCAUGCAUAUAGGGCAUCGCACCACCAGCGAAUAUUUGCUCGCACCGCUUCCCUACCACUCAGCCUCAUCAUAUCAUUCUAAGAUCCAAAAAAAUCGAACUCUUUACGGCUAAUAUUGCUAUAAUUGAGCGCUUGGCACCAUUUGAUUCUGCAGCUGUCGCAUUCCCACCGUCGGUCACGUCGGCACCACUCGGCGACACUAUUCCAGCCUUCACACCGUUCCCACUGAGCGCUUACCCACAUCUCCUUGUCCUUGAUCCAAAAAUGCCAUACACUCGUCCAUUGAAACCAUCUCCAUGCUCCCCGUCAUCUGAGACAGUCCAUUUGGAUGUACCAUGGUCUUUGCCAACGAAACCCCGACAAUCUGAGAACCAAUCCGCUAAGAAUCUCCCCCAGGCGCUAAGGGACUCUCGGACUCAUGAAUCAUCCUUGACGCCGCCCCCUUCAGAUAUUGUGGCAGAUCUGAGAGCAUCCUGUGAUGCCCCUCACAAAUCCGAUGAUGCAGUCCUUACCGAAUCCGAAGACGAAACAGAGGACUGGCGACAAAGCAAACAGCGGGUAGUUCGCAAAAUGUCUGGCGAGUUGGUCCGGCCCAUACUACGCCCGCCGCCGUCUCGUCGGCGCCCUGCGAGCAUGCCAACCAGUCCCACCGCCACAAAGUCGGUUCACUUCCACAGCCACUUGGAAGAGACUCUCAAUUUUUUUCGAUUGGAUUGUCCCCUUUCUAUCAGCGCUGGGUCACGAUCCGGUCAAGUCGAUAAGAGCAGCAGGGAACGUCCCAUGUCCCGACAAGAUGCAGCGGGUCAGUGGGAGAUGGUUACGCCCAACUUCCCGCGGCAGAGCGGAUCGCGCGAGUCCCAAUUUGUGUAUAUCAAGAAGUUGAGGUUAUUGGACGACCAAAAUUCCAUGCAAGGCUUGGUGGCUGUCCGGAAUGUGGCAUUUCAAAAGUCGGUUACCUGUCGCUUCACGUUUGACAACUGGAAGACGACCUCGAACGUCGCCGCAGCAUACAGCGAUGGAAACGCCUCAGGAGAAGCCCCUUCGGGCUACGACUUUUUCGUCUUCACCAUUGAGCUCUCCGACAUUGUCAACCUCGAAUCCAAAAUUGCCCACUUGUCUGUCCGCUACGCCGUCAAUGGCCAAGAGUAUUGGGAUAACAACUCUGGCCGCAACUUUCAGGUCUGUUUCUUCAAGAAGACUUUGCCGCGGGAUGACAAUGUCCUGGUUCAGGUUGUUCCAUUGCAGUCACGUAAUGGCGUCCCCAAUAAUGUCACGGUGGUGAAGCCCACGUCUAGUCCCUUUCGAGGGUUGGACCUCGCAAAAUGUUACAGCAUCAGCGCAUCACUUAAUGCAACGGUCCGAGCUGCCAAACGCAAAGCUUCUAGAAACGACAGCGCGGGGUCUAUGAACGCUACGGUUGGCAGUCUCAAGCUAUCGUCUCGUUCAUUUGCGCAAAAGUCGACAAAGUCUGGCAUCAGUGCAGGCUGCUCCGAGUCAAAGUUCACCAUCUCAAUGCGCAGUGGCUCCGACAGAUACUGCUCCCAGCGUGCGCUGACAGCACACACCCUCCUUGGCGACAUCGACAUGUACGACAACUUAAACACAAUACCCUUUCGUCCGUAUGGGUUAUGUUGAAUGAUGGAUCGAUGGUUUCACUUUUGCCACUGGCUGUAUUUCUGAUUUGUGUUCUGCUGCCACUGGCCAUAUUCGAUAAUAAUAAAUGAAGAAGAUAGAUCUUGGGUCGAAUGGAUCCGAGAUAACAGAACAGAGGUAGUGUAGGAUAUUAGCGAUGUGGGCUGAGCUUGCAGCGAAAUGGCGCGGAAUUGGGGUGUACGAGAAUGACCAGGUUUCCCACACACUUCACUCAAAAUUCAUUCUUGAGUUUUAUAAAUAAAUCGAGCGCUAAAAGAUUUAUGAAGGGUCUAGAGAUUAGAUUGGAAGAAAACAUAGUUGACUUGUGG